AUGAGAGAAUUGUUUUUUGUGAGACAUGGAGAGAGAAUUGAUUUCAUUAAAAAUUCUUCCGAAUAUUUAAAUUGGAUUGAAAAUGAAAAUAAUCGAAUUCAUGAUCCAUCCCUGAGUGCACGCGGUAGUGAAUGUGCAUUUCUAUUGGGCCAACAUUUAGUGAAAAAUGAAUUUAUAUUUUCCAAAAAGAAGCAAUCCAUGACCAAUGAUUUGGCCUUGUUGAAUAAUGAUACUUCUGUGAAAGAACCUUUCAUUCAUAUUGAGACAACACUUAUUUCUACACUGAAUGAUCACCACAAUGGGAGCGCUUCAAUGAUUCAUGGAAAUGUAUUUGGGAAACCAGUGAAAAAAAUAAUAAUUUUUUCGUCACCUUAUCGAAGAUGUUUAGAGACGGCUCGUUCCAUGUUGAAUGGAAUACAAAGUCAUUUAUGUUCUGAAAAUAUUGUGUAUGAACUAAUUGAGUCACACGAACAAUUUAGAGAAUUAUUUGUAAAAGCCCAAAAUCAAACCGAAUUUAACUCAAGUUUUUAUUCAAUUCCAGGAUUUGGAAAUGAUUGUUUUAAAUAUUUUCUGGAAGAGAAACCGAUGGAAAGUGUUCAAGAUUUGGAAGAACGAUGUAAAAUUGCCAUGGACAAUAUUCUCAAUUUUGUAGCACAUGAAAAUGAAGAUGACACGAUGGUGUUUGUAGUGACACAUGCUGCUUCUUUAAUUAAGGCAGUAGAAGCAUUACUGACGCCCGAGAAGAGAAUUGGUGUGAAGGCAGGAACUUGUGGUCUUUCUCAAAUGAUUCGUCCACCGUUCUGUGAGGAAUGGUUACUGAAAAUUAAUUCUGAUACAUCUUUUUUGGACGGAGGUCAAAUGUACUAUUGGGAUUUUGGAGAUUAUGAAACCUAUCUCAGAAAUUUGCGACAACAGAUCAAACAAUUGGAAUGA